GCAAGUAAUUGCUCUUCCCGGGGGAGUGUUUUUCAUCGUCGUUCGGUAAAUUCUGGCACGCGAGCAUCUCUGUAGUCUGUACCAUUGGGGUGGGUGGUGGUCUGGACGAACAAGACACGCAUGCGCCGUGGGGUCGCUGCUGCAGAUCACUCGCGAAGAGUCGACGGUGCCAAGGAAACACACAUGCGGGCAGGAGGGGACCCAGAUUUCCAGAUUGCAGGAGCGUCCUCCAUUCUUGAAAUUCGCGAUAAUGAAAAAAACACCAUCCAUUACAUUUGAAUCAUUCGAUGUGUAAUGUCUCACGAGUGAUAAGCAAAAAGAGAGGAGUUAAAAUCAUUUACAAGGGAGGGACGCCGCGAGCCGCCCACAGACUUGCUGCUCCAGGUGAGGGCGUCGCUCAGCGGUUGCCAUGCCGCUGGUGAAGAGGAGCAUCGAGCCCCGGCACCUCUGCCGGGGGGCGGUGCCAGAUGGGGUGACCAGUGAGCUGGAGUGCGUCACCAACAGCACCCUGGCUGCAAUCAUCAAACAGCUGGGCAGCCUGAGUCGGCAUGCUGAGGACAUCUUCGGGGAGCUGUUCAACGAGGCAAACAGCUUUUACAUGCGCAUGAACAGCCUGCAGGAGAGGGUGGACCUGCUGGCAGUCAAGGUCACGCAGCUGGACUCAACCGUGGAGGAAGUGUCUCUACAGGAUAUCAACAUGAGGAAAGCCUUCAAGAGUUCCACCACACAGGACCAGCAGGUGGUCUCCAGGAACUCCAUCCCCAACCCUGUGAUGGAGAUGUACCAUCGCUGUGACAAGCCCCCUCCCCUCAACAUCCUCACUCCCUACAGGGAUGACAAGAAGGAUGGACUCAAGUUCUACACUGACCCCUCCUACUUCUUCAACCUGUGGAAAGAGAAGAUGCUCCAAGCCACAGAGGACAAGAGGAAAGAGAAAAGAAGGCAGAAGACAAGCGGCCCGGCCCACUCAGACCAGGCUAGGCCCCAGACCAGGCAGGCCCCCCAAAGGAGCCCCCUGUGCAGCUCAGAGCAGAAGCAGGUGGAGGACCCCACCCGCGAGGUGAAGAAGGUGCGGAAGGCACGGAACCGGCGCCAGGAGUGGAACAUGAUGGCCUACGACAAGGAGUUCCGCCCGGACACCCGCUUCACGCCCUCGCCCUACCACGGCAUGUCCUCCGAGGGCUCCCUCUCCCCCGACAGCAGGUCGGUGGCGUCGGACGUGGCUGAGCACUCCUACCCGGCCAGCCCCAACCACCCCUCCCAGCAGGUCGGUGGGUCCAGCCCCUACUCCACGGCCGAGGGCAAAGAGCACCUGACCGGCCCCUCCCAGACCCAGUCCCUGGACCGCGCCUACCGCCCGCCCCCCGCCGCCGCCGGGCGCCAGGCCCACUCCCUGGGCCGCGCGCAGCCCCCCCACGCCCCCCCGCCCGCCGACCCCGCCCUCAACGGCCCUCGUCCGCAAGCCGUCAAAGACUACAGUGGUCAACAGAUGCCGGAAUACUUUGUGCCACCCGCCCCUCCCCCGCCCCCUCCCCUCAUCCCCUCCGCCCAGACGGCCUUCGACAGUCCCGCUGCCCCGCCCGCCCUCCCCCCCAGCGCGGUGGCCGCCAUGUCCCGCUCCUACACCCCCUCCCCACCUCCUCCUGCCCCUCCCGCCUCUUACGUCCCCUCCCCCUCCCACCCCCCUGCCGGGGCCCCGCCCAUGGCCCCGCCCCCGCCUCCACCUGGCCCUCCCACCCACGCCUUCUCCCCUGCCCACGCUGUGGCUCCGCCCUCCGGAGAGGCCCCGCCCAGAAAGGGGCAGGUCCCGGUGAUCCCCAUGAGCGACGCCCGCAGCGAUCUGCUCGCUGCCAUUCGCAGAGGGAUCCAGCUGCGGAAGGUGCAGGAGCAGCGCGAGCAGGAGGCCAAGAAGGAGCCGGUGGGCAACGACGUGGCCACCAUCCUGUCGCGCCGCAUCGCCGUGGAGUACAGCGAGUCCGACGACGACUCCGAGCUGGACGAGAACGAGUGGUCAGACUGAGGGAGGGGGCGGCGGCCUGCGGGGGCGGGGCGGCGCUGGGCGGGACGGCAUCACACCUUCAAACCGCUGCUUUUCAGACUCUGUUUCGACAGAGCCUGCCACUGCACACGUGACCCCGUAAAACUGCAUCACACUCCAGAGUGGAAGAGGAAGAGAGGAGGGAGAUAAACACACAUGUAUAUGCAGAAAUGCACAGGUUUUCACACACACACACGCCCACACACCCAUACAUCCACAAACACACACGCACAUACACACACACACACACGCAAGCACACCCAUACACACGCCCACACACCCAUACAUCCACACACACACACACACACACACACACGCACACACACACACAGAGGGACAAGAGGCAGGGAUAUCACCAGAACAGAGCUGGCUGGAGCACGUUCCAGACCAGCAGGGGGAGCCAGUCUCGUUUCACGUUGGGGCCGGAAGGAGCCGGAUCAGGUGGCGGACGGCAUGUUUCCCUCUGCCUGCUCGCCCGCCCACUGCCGGGCCUUUCUGCGGAGCUGCUGGAGAGAAGCAUCUGGUCCGAAGGCCACAGCGAGACGCUUCGCUCCCGAGCCCAGAAUCCUCGGAACCGGGGUCCGCUAACGCGCUGACGUCUGCCCGCCAUCUGUCUCCACACACCCACCCCUUCCCCGGCUCCAUCGCGCCCGCUUUCCCCUAACCUUUAAAAAAUAUGUCCUCGCGUUCCUCAUAAACACCAUCUGUGUGGCGGCGGCGGUGCCCGCGUCACCGCGAGGGACCGUUUAGGCACCGCCCACCGCCGCCGCGGUUCCUCCUCACCUGCCGCCGGGCCGCGCGGUGAGAGAAAGCGUAGGUUUGGUGCGGAAGCAGAACCGACUCCAGCUCCUGACAAAAAGAGCCGGCGUCUCCGUUCAUCCGUCACCUCUACCCCAUCCCGCCCCCCCCCGCCCCCCCGAAAAAAAAUAUGACUCAGCAGUCACCUCCUCCACAUGGAUGGCAAACGCAAAAAGAAAUUUCGGCUCUGUUUGGACUUCCCCCCCCCUCAUGGUUCACAGGUGAAUGCACUUAGCUUAAGGGCCCACAGCGGCAAUAAUAUUAUUUUGGGGAGAGGAUUUCCAGAGUCAGCCUUGCGGCAAAUGUGUGCGCGUGCAAGUUUGUGGGUGGGUGUGUGUGUGUGUGUGUGUGUGUGUGUGCGCCUGUGUUAUACAGAAUGGAUACAUUUCCCAGCUGCGCGAAUUAACACACACCAGAAAAGAGGCGCUUUUGCGAAUGAAGAGGCGACAGAGUGGCCUGGUCUCCACUCCGCAGCAGCUGCCCUGGAGGACUGUAACACUCAGACUUCAGCAGACACACACACUGAAGAGCAUGAAGGUGGACCCCGCUGUCUCGCAGUCUGUACAGAGAAUGUGCGUAUGAGACACGAGCGUGAAGGUGUUCCUGCGGCCUGCUCUGACCCCCACUCCUUCUCAAACAUGUCUCUUCUCAAACUUCUGCCAGGCUCUGAGCCAAGCCCAGAACAGUGUGCGGUGCAUUUGUGAAAACAUUUGAUUUUUUUUUUUUCUUUUUUUUCUCCCCCAGAAAAGAGUAAUAGAUACAUUUUAAAAAAGAUACGAUAUGUCUAUAUUAUCUAUAUAUACAUACAUGACUAUAGAAGUUUGCAUAUAAAGUAUAACAAAAUCUAUUUGAGGAGUAGGAGGAGACUCAUUAGGUCAAAACAGUGAAGUUGUUGUAUUUGCUUUUGUUGUUAUAUGCGAGGCAAAUGAUUUCUCCCUGCAGUAUUGUGUAAUCUGAGAUGCAGUUUCCCCUCUCGUGUCGCUUUGUUUUCAUUUCUUACGUGUAGUGGUUGAGUGUCAAUGCCCUAAUGAGUAUCAUAAUUAUUUUUUAGAGGAGAUGGAGAAAUGCAAAUUGGACUGUUCGGCCAUUGAUCAUGUCAGACUCAGCCGUGUUAACUUAAAAGUCAAAUUCUCGGUUAUUAGUUUCUGCAUUUCCUAGAAGAGGAUCCUUUUCCACCUUGCGUUGUGGCACACGGUUGCCUCUUUGCUAAUACGAUCAACAUUCUACUUCCUCAUUUGUGUAUUUAAACUGAGCCACCGGUCAAUAAUGGCCAUGACCACACCAGACCUGGGUCAAAUAAUUGUUUGAAUUACUUUAACCCUUUAGACACCAGCAAGAUUCCUCUAGCUUGAGCUCUGACAGCACUGAAGGAACCAUCUGCAUUCACCAAUAUGCUGUACAAAAAUUCCUUCCUUCAUUUGAUCGUACCUUUUACCGACUAACAUGAUUUUUAGAAAAAUCUCAUAUCUAGAUAGAGGUUUUUUAUUUUUAUUUUAUUUUACUGGCAUCUACGGUCAAGUAGAUGCAGUCUAGAGGUAUUUCAAACUUUUUGUUUGACUCAGACCUGUCCCAUAUGCCUUUUUUUAGUUUUUUCUCUGCAUUUAUUAAGAACAUCUCUUCAUUUUCUUUUAAGAGCCUGAGAUAGUUUGGGCUUGAGCAGGACGCUGUAGCAACAUGGCCCACGUUUAUUUUUGUUGUCAUCGUCAAAAAAUGUGCCAUGAGGUUAGCUGUGAGGGAUGGUGCCCCUUUCACGCACACUGAAAUUCCAUUUUAACAACUGAGAUGUAUGUGCAGCCUGCAGUAUAUAGGUACUUCUCAUGUGUUUUAAAUGAACUGUUGCAGAGAUUUUGGUAACACUGCUUGUAAUGUCAGUUUGGGUAUCUAGGUAACAAACAUCGCUGUAUCACAUGGGCAAUAUGUAGGCAAUUAUGCAUGUAUCAAUAGCUAAUAAAAUGGAACCAAAAAGUGUAAUAUUGAA